AUGAUGAACGAUUCCCUAAAGUGUAAGGCUUUGGCCGAUAUGUUGGGCGAAGUGGACAUCAAUGGCAACGCAUCUCAAGGAGGCGAUGGCCUCGCGGAUCAAAUGGAACAGCAAAUGAAGAAAUUGGCCGAAGAAGAGAUCACCGAACGGAACAAAGGAUGGGAAGGAUUGCAAACCAAAGCGGAUCAACAGAAGAGUCUGGCCUUUACUCACGCCCUGUCCUCCGGUCUCAUCGUAUGUCCGUAUUGUCGGAUCAGUUAUCUUCGCUCAACCGGUGGUCAUCUGUUGUGCGACUCAUGCGAACUCAGAUUUGAAAGUAUGGUUUCCAUACCAGAGAUGAUCCAAACCAUGAAACAGAUUAUAAGCAACCAUUCGAUGAGUGGAUGUUUGGAUCAAUUUCCACAAAUUGGUUGUUGGGAUCCAUAUAUUGUCGUCUAUUGUGACACUUGUCCUCUUCGCCAAAUAUCUUUGGUGGAACCGUUGCGCCGCUCGGGCCGUGUGUACACUUCUUCGGUGGUGUUCCGUCUGUACACCCACUUGACUGCUAUCAUAUUAAUGGCAUUUUGUGUCUUAAACACAACGCAUACACUCUUUGGUCAACCCAUUCAUUGUGAGGUCACUGAAGGCCGUUUCGCUGACCAAUCAAUGAUUGAUUCGUAUUGUUAUACGAGUGGUAUCUUCGCGGCCAACAGACAUCCGGCGGACGCCAAGCCGUAUGGCAUUCAUCCGGCUUUGGGACCAAAAACACCGGGAAUUGAGUACCAGAAGAGAUACUACCUCUGGAUAUGGUUUGUGCUGUUAUUGCAAUCAAUUUGUUUUUAUUUCCCGCAUUGGCUGUGGAAGUGCUGCGAAGGACAGCAAAUAUCUUCACUCGUGGCUGAUAUGAGUUUAUUUACCACCGAUGACGACAAAAGGUCUGCCAAAAUACGCAAAAUUGUUGAUUACAUGUACCGAACGACCGGUUCUCACAACUCGUAUGCCAUGAAGUACUUCGGCUGUGAAGUGAUCGCCUUUUUCAAUGUCUUCAUACAAAUGGCUGCAAACCAUCUCUUUCUUGAUUACUCUUUCAUUACUUACGGCUUGGAUUGGAUUCGACUUCAGCUAAAAGAUCCCGAUUUGAAAAUUGAUACCAUAAGUGAUGUGUUUCCCAUAUUAUGUAAAUGCGAUUUCACUCGUUUCGGCGCUUCUGGUGGUCAGGAAACCAUCGAUGGCUUAUACAAGGAAUGA